AACAAGGACAAUGGUGGUUGCACAGCCAUAGAUUCUAAUUUGGAGUACUGUGUUGCUGAAGAAAACAUUGAUAAAAUACACAGAGCUUAAAAACUUAUCUGCUGUUUGGGUAUUGUUGAAGAACUGUUCUCGCUAUGCCCUUUUCCUUAUACCAAUUGUUCAAAUGUAACAUUCCAUAACGCAGCUGAUUGAAAUAUUUUUUUGAUAGUCACUGUUUAGAUUUCUUAAUAGCUUAUUUUCACAUAUCUUCAUAAAAAGGUAAAAGUUACUUAACAAAGUUGCUGGGCUUAUGACAUCUUCAAUGUCUUUAUGUUGUUAAAAUACUCAACUACUUUUAACUUCUCACCUUCUAAUCAUAACAGAAGUGGAUUUUCUGUCAGUCAUAGGCAGGAAUGAUAAAUGCUAAAUUUUCAAAGAUCAUCUUUUUGCAAUAGAACAGAAAACAUUUUUGUGUUUGAAGGAAAAUCGUAUGGAUACCAGAGCUCUGCUUAAGUUUAACUAGAGGUUGGAGACGAGGAUGAGAUCUUUUCUGAAAGUGAGUUGCUGGGGAAACCUAAGGAUGAAACUGUUCCAGUUCUGUGAGGAGACAGUUGCAGAAGCCUGGGAAUUACCAUGGAGAAGAUCCUGAAAACAGAAUUGAAAACUUCAGUUCUGAAGGCAUUUGGGAGCUCGGGAGGAGGAUGUAUCAGCCAAGGCCAAGCUUAUGAAACAGACAGUGGACGAGUAUUUGUUAAAAUCAACAACAAACCUCAGGCUAGAAAGAUGUUUGAGGGGGAAAUGGCAAGUUUAGAAGCAAUUCAGAAAACCAAUAUUGUGAGGGUGCCUCAGCCUAUUAAAGUAAUUGACCUUCCUGGAGGAGGAGCAAUGUUUGUCAUGGAGUACCUGAAGAUGAAGCACCUCAACAAAUAUUCUUCAAAGCUUGGAGAGCAGAUAGCAGAGCUUCAUCUUUAUAACCAGAAACUUGGAGAGAAAUUGAGGAAGGAAGGAAAUACAAUUGGUAAAGGAGCCAGUUGCUCUGAUUUUCAGUAUGUGGAUAAGUUUGGAUUCCAUAAGGCCACUUGCUGUGGUUAUAUACCACAGGUGAAUGAAUGGCAGAGUGAUUGGCCUUCUUUCUUUAUUCGUCACAGACUCCAAGCUCAGCUGGAUCUGAUUGAAAAAGAUUAUGGAGACAGGGAAGCAAGAGAGCUUUGGUCACAGCUGAAGGUGAAGAUUCCUGAAAUGUUUUCUGAUGUAGAAAUUGUUCCUGCUCUACUGCAUGGGGACCUGUGGGCAGGAAAUGUGGCUGAGGAUGAAUCUGGGCCGAUUAUCUUUGACCCUGCUUCCUUCUAUGGCCACUCAGAGUUUGAACUGGCCAUUGCUGGAAUGUUUGGUGGGUUUAGCAGCUCAUUUUUCUCUGCCUAUCAUAGUAAAAUACCCAAAGCUCCAGGAUUUGAGAAACGAAAUAAAUUGUAUCAGCUCUUUAAUUACAUAAACCACUGGAACCAUUUUGGGACAGGAUACAGAGGAUCUACCAUAAAUGUAAUGAAAAAACUUUUAAAGUAAGCAGACAGGGACUAUGUAAUUUCUCAAACCUGAGUGAUUAGCAGCCUCUGCUUAUCAGAAAUAACACAAGCUAGGAAUCAGUGUUGAUGAUAAAACCCACGACAAGGCUUAGUAGACUUUUGAGCCUCACUAAUUGUUAAAAGUGAUUGAUUGCCUAUUUUUUAACAUAUAAUAGUUUACUAGCACAAAUUCAUACACAGAAAAAAAAAAAACUGCAGUGUUUAUGAAGACUCCACUGGGUUGGGAAGUAACAUUACAGUCAACUUGACCUUAUUUUGUAUUGGGAGUAUCACUUCUGCUGUAUUUCCACAGUUGUUUGCAGCUUACCACAUCUAUUGGUCUUUCAAUACUGAGAGUUCCUGCUGUGGGACUGGUGCUGGAAGUAAUCACUGGUUUCUUGGCUUUCCCCUCCAUUUGUUUUGUUUUGCUUCAGUUUUCUGUCUGUCUUUGCUCCUUUUACCUAUUUAUGUUUGUCUUCAUUUCUUUCUAUGUAAGGGUUAUGAUUCAAAAUUUAAGUUAGAUUUUAUGAAUGUGAAAAUAAAAACAUUUUCUUUUGGAUUUAAAGGUAGGCAGGGUCCUUCAGACUGCAGUUGACACUAGCAUUCCUAAUAUUUAUUUUAAUGUAAUUAAAUGGUUUUUUGUGUUUCCCUGAGAAAUUCAGUUGAGUAGUUUUUCUUAAAAGACAUGCUGCUGUAGUUCCUUGGUAGUUAAUUAUACGGUCAGAAAAUGGAUCAUUGCCAUAACUUUGAUAAUAACAUAGUUUUAACAGUCUUUAUUGUGCAUAAUGCUCUGAUAGGAACAUUUAAAUAACUGUGAAAACAUAGCAAAGAGUAGGAGGGAUACUUGUUUGCAUAGCGAGUAUCAACUUUGCUGUGUUGGUUGGUGCCUGAUGUAUUUCACUUUUAGAUAAUGUACAAAGCUGGUCUGCUCUGCCAGUGCUGCUUUAUUGGGGGAACAGUGUCACACUGGAUGGCUUUAUCUAUUUUAGUAUUCCUGAUGUUCUAUUUUUAUAGAAAAUGGGCAGUGAGGAUGUGGGGAGAAAACUGUGCACCAAAGGUGCUGGUGUACAAUGUGAGCUGGGGUAUGUUAGCGACAUAUUUUUAUAAAGAAAAGUAGUAAAAGCAAGUCAUGUGGCCCAAUAAAUGAACUAAGAAUGGUAGAACUUCUGUGUGCAAUAUUUGUGUGGCUGUAGUGAUUAAUAGGCAAAAUAUCAUAUUCAGAAAUAGCAGAUGACUUGGUUUAAGUGGAUGUGCCAUGAAGAUUUAUUAGAUUUUUUUGUAAUUUAUACUAUUUAAAAUAAUUUAAUUAUCUAAAUAUAACAGAACAACUUAUUUUUUUUACUUCCUUGAUUUUGGGCUACAGUUGGUGGGAUUAUACACUUGAUACAGCUUGAAAAGUGGAAAAAUAGAGUGAGAAUACAGUUGAAAUUGUAGCUGAAAGAACAAUGAAGUGCUGAGUCCUCACAUUUAAUCAUGUGUGUGAUUCAGGUGUUGCACUGAAAAUACAUAUGAGCUUAAGAUGUAUUGUUGUCCAAUAAAACACUUGUGUUACAGAA